AUGGAUUACCUUGCACGUAUAUUAUGCGAUGUGGAUGAAAUACAAGUAUUCGAUUAUUCAUUGAAUAGCACAGUGCCACAUAUAACAAAUUGUGCUGAAUCAUCAAUCCUUGUCCUUACACCAUUAAUAUUUUUGAUCACAUUUAGUCCACUUAUUCUAUAUGACCUCAAGAAAAGUCGACAUCCUCCAUUAGAACUCUAUUCACCAACAGUUGCUCGAAUAAUUCUAUGUUUCUUGUUGGUAAUGAAUCGUCUAACUGCAACAAUAAUCAAUCUGAUAACAUGGUUUCGGACACCGUUAACAUAUCAAUCGUAUAGCAUCAUGUCAUGUUGCUGGCAAACGGUAACGUAUUGCGUAUGUUUGCUGUUACUGAUUGCCUAUCGUAAUCGUGGCUUAGUGACUUCUGGCGUUUUGUUCAACUUUUGGCUUCUUACUGCAAUUUGUGCAUUUCCAGAACUUAGACGUCGAGCUGCAUAUGCUGAAGAUUUUACCGGCAUUCAGGAUAAAAAUGAAGUCUCAGUGAAAUAUGUAUUGUAUAUAAUCUACUACGCAUUCAUAUUGUUCGAAGUAUUCUUGUCAUGUUUUGCUGAUAAACCAAGAUAUUGGUUGAAAGAUGAAAAACUUUGUCCAGAAGAUAAUUGUUCCUAUCUGAAUAAAAUCACAUUCAACUGGUUUCACAGCUUGGCAGCACGUGGUUUUCGUAGACCGCUCGAAGUUAAUGAUUUAUGGCGAUUACGACUACAUGAAGAAAGUGAAAAUUUGAUGAAAAAAUUCAAGCGUUAUUGGUUACCAGCGGUUAAUGCGUACUAUAAAAAGAAGCGAGCAGCGGAACAAUCAAUUUCACUUAAGAAACUUAGUCCAAAAACACAGCCAUCAUUACUGUGGGCGCUUGCGAAAACAUAUCGCUGGACCAUUUUGUCUGGCGCUGCAAUGAAAUUUGUAUUUGACGUAUUAAAUUUCGUCAGCCCGCAACUUCUCAGUGCAUUAAUAUCAUAUAUCGAAGAUAUGAAGCGACCGUUAUGGAUGGGUAUUGCUAUAUCAUUUGCUAUGUUUGCUGUUGCACUCGUUCAGUCAAUGAUUUUGCAUCAGUAUUUUCACAAAAUGUUCAUGUUAGGUAUUAAUGUGCGUUCUGUGCUGACAAAUUCUGUAUAUGUCAAGGCGUUAAUGUUAUCUAACUCUGCUCGGAAAAAUCGUACUGUUGGUGAAAUUGUAAAUUUGAUGUCUGUGGAUGUCCAGCGUUUUCAAGAUAUCGCCAGUUUUAUUAUGCUUUUUUGGUCUGCUCCAUUUCAAAUACUACUUGCAAUUUACUUUCUGUGGCGAUUGCUUGGAAUAGCAGUUGUUGCCGGUCUCACCGUACUUUUCGCAACAAUUCCCUUAACUUCAUAUAUUUCUCUACGAAUGAAAAACUGUCAAGGAAGACAAAUGAAACUGCGAGAUGAACGUUUGAAAUUCAUGUCAGAAAUUUUAAAUGGAAUCCGAAUAAUCAAAUUUUAUGCUUGGGAGAAAAGCAUGCAAAAACUGGUUUUGGAAAUUCGCGAAAAAGAGAUUGCUGUACUACGCGAAAUUGCGCUUUAUAAUGCUGCAAUAUCGUUAACUUGGUCAUGUGCGCCGUUUCUUGUUGCUGUUGUCACGUUUGGCUUAUAUGUGAAAAUUGAUCCACAGCACAACCAACUUACACCUCAGGUUACAUUCGUUGGUCUUUCACUUUUCAAUUUGAUCCGUUUCCCAAUGACAAUCUUUCCAUUAAUAUUCAGUCAGGGGACGCAAUGCUCGGUUAGCAAUACCAGGCUGAAGUCAUUUCUGUCGGAUGAUGAAAUGCAGCUUUCUGUAGUAGAUCGAAUCUCUUCAGGCGAUUAUGCCUUGUCGAUACAAAGUGGUAAUUUUUCUUGGGACAAUAAUAAAGUGACAUUGAAUGAUAUCAAUUUAAAAAUCAAAAAAGGCGAGCUUGUUGCUAUUGUUGGGAAAGUCGGCAGUGGUAAAAGUAGCUUGCUUUCUGCUAUCUUAGGCGAAAUGGAUAAAUUGAACGGUAGUGUGGAUGUUGUUGGGUCGAUUGCUUAUGCCCCGCAGCAACCGUGGAUCCAGAAUUUGUCGUUGAUGGAUAAUAUUUUGUUUGGCACACCUUUCGAUCCUCAACGGUAUGAAACAGUGCUUGAUGCAUGUGCGCUGAAACCAGAUCUCGCAACAUUACCAGCUGGUGAUCAGACUGAAAUUGGUGAAAAGGGCAUUAAUUUGAGUGGCGGUCAGAAACAUCGCGUAAGUUUGGCACGUGCAGUAUACGCCAAUUCAGACAUUAUUCUUUUGGAUGAUCCCUUGUCAGCUGUUGAUGCUCACGUUGGACGACACACAUUCACCCGUGUCAUCUCAUCUCAAACUGGCUUAUUAGCCAAGAAAACGCGUAUUUUGGUAACACACGGACUACAUUACUUGAAGUAUUGCGACCGAAUUGUCGUCAUGAAUGAUGGUAAAAUUACCGAAGUGGGCACAUUUCAAGAAUUAGUUCAAGCACAAAAACAUUUCGCAGAAUUUCUGGAAGAUUUUCUUAUGAACAAAGUUAAACAAUGCAAGCAGGCACAAGAUGAAGGAGACUCAGAAGAAAUGGAAGAACUACUAAAAGAUUUGCAAGUUUUGAAUCCGGAGCAACGCAAACAUUUGGAAAGUUUUAGUGGGACAAGGCAACACACAGAUAGUACUUUAACAAUUGCAUCAUCUAUCAAACAUAUAUCAUCGCGAGACAACUUACCAGCCGAACAACAGGAUGGUACCACCGAACAGGAUGUUGCAGCGAAAAAGAUCGAUAGUAAUUUAAUAAAAAUCGAGAUUGGUGAAAAGGCAGAUGGUAUUGCAUUGUCUGCACAAACGGCUAAUAAACCAGCUAUAGCAAGCAAUGAUGAACGUUCAAAAUUAAUUGAAAAGGAAGGCGUUGAAGUUGGAAAGGUGAAAUUUGCAGUGUAUCUUUUGUAUCUUCACGCUAUUGGUUAUGGCACAACAGCAAUCUUUGUUUCGAUUUAUAUUUUUUCAUCUGUGCUUGGUGUUUCAUCCAAUUUAUGGUUAGCCAAUUGGUCUGAUCAUGCCAACAAAGGAAACAUCACGGCAGAAGAAAACGACACAAAUUGGCGUUUAGGAAUUUACGCAACACUCGGCUUGGGACAAGCCGCAAUGGUUUGUAUUGGUUCAAUUACAAUGGCAUAUGGAAUGGUUUUUGCGAGUCGAAAAUUGCACGAAGGAAUACUGCGAAAUAUUAUGCAUUUACCAAUGGCAUUUUUCGACAUAACUCCGCUCGGACGCAUUGUGAACCGUUUUGGGAAGGAUAUAGUAACGGUGGAUAUUGAAAUACCAAAAUCUAUUGAUGAUCUUCUUGACGAUUGUCAAAUUCUUGUUGCCAUUUUAAUUCUUAUUGUUUUCAUAUAUCCUCACUCAUUUUGGGUCUUUAUCAUAUGCGCUUUCUUCAAUUUCUUCAUUCUGGAUAUAGAAAUAGUGGAUGCAUUAUUGCCGCAUACAUCUCAUUCAUUCAUAUCAACAGUGCUUGUUGUUUUAAUGACAACAGCUGUAAUUCUAUACGCUACACCGAUGUAUUCAGUCAUCAUACCUUUUCUUGCUGCUAUUUAUUUCCUUGUUCUGGAUUUGCAAGAACUCGACCAACGUCUACCAUCAUCACUGAUCACCCUUACUGGAUGUAUUAUUACCGCUUUCAUUAUUAUGAUUGUGCCGGUACUUAUGACGCCGCAAAUUAUCCUCCCUUUUGCUAUGAUUUUGUUUUCAAAUUUUAUGUUAAUGCGUUUCUACAUUUCAACAUCACGUCAAUUAAAACGUCUGGAAUCUACCGCUCGAUCUCCUAUUUACUCGCAUUUUCAAGAAUCGAUCCAAGGAUCAGCUUCAAUUAGAGCAUAUCGAUGUAUGAAUCGUUUUAUCCAUGAAUCUCAAGAUCGUCUUGAUAAGAAUAUUGUUAUACAGUAUCAUUCAUUGGUUGCUAACAGAUGGUUAGCAGUACGCUUAGAACUUGUCGGUAAUCUUAUUGUGUUCUGCUCGGCUUUAUUUGCUGUAUUUUAUAGAGAGAAUGGUUCAGUAACAGCUGGUUUAGUUGGAUUAUCCGUUGCAUAUGCUCUUAGUAUAACACAAACUCUAAAUUGGGCCGUACGUAUGGCUAGCGAAUUGGAAACCAAUGUUGUUGCUGUUGAACGUCUGAGAGAAUACACCGAUCUACCGACUGAGGGUUUAGCGAGUGAAAACUUAGCGCAUACGCCACAACGAGAUUGGCCAAGUAAAGGAGAAAUUAUUUUCGAUAAGUUGAAAAUACGAUAUCGCGAUAAUUUGGAAUUUGUUUUGAAAGGAAUCAGUGCAACUAUUCAUCCAGCUGAAAAAAUUGGAAUUGUUGGCAGAACCGGUGCAGGUAAAAGUUCUCUCACACUUGCUUUGUUCCGUAUUAUUGAGGCGGAUUCAGGUCGAAUAUUAAUCGAUGGUGAAGAUAUAUCGAAAAUAUCGCUGGAUAAUCUUCGCUCAAAAUUAACAAUUGUUCCACAGGAUCCUGUUGUGUUUUCUGGAACGUUACGCAUGAAUUUGGAUCCAUUCGGCCAUUUUGAUGAUGCCUUAUUAUGGAAUGCACUUCGAACGGCUCAUCUGGAUUCGUUGGUGCAUUCAUUUCCAAACAAACUGGAACAUAAAUUAAGUGAAGGUGGUGAAAAUAUUAGUGUUGGACAAAGGCAACUGCUUUGUUUAGCUCGAGCAGUAUUGCGAAUGAGUCAAAUUUUGAUUCUGGAUGAAGCAGCAGCGUCUGUUGAUAUGGAAACGGAUGCGCUAAUCCAGAAAACAAUUCGCGAGCGAUUCUCACAUUGUACAGUGCUUACAAUUGCUCACCGUUUACAUACAGUAAUGGAUAGUGACAGGAUUUUGGUACUUGAAAAUGGUUACAUUCGUGAAUUCGACACACCAAGAAAGUUAUUGGAUGACCCGGAUUCAUUAUUUCGUACAAUGAUGAAAGAAUCUGGAUUGUUGCCUACCAAAGAACAUUGA